UAUUUAAAUAAACUGAUAAAAUAAUAUAAAUACUAUAAUUGACAGUGGUACAAAUCAAAUCUGACAUUUAUCAUUACCAUUGCUAUGAAUUAUACUUAAGUCCAUCUAGCAAAAAAUUCAAUGUCAAGAUUACAAGAGUUUGAUUUGAAUAAUAAAUAUGAUAUUCAAAUUUUCGCCGGCUUCGGAGGUUUAUAAAAGCUAUCACGAAGGUUCAUUGAUUGUGCUGAGCACCGAGUCAGUACCACAGAGAAUUGAUGAACUACAUCUGAAAAAACCCUGUUAGUUCCAGUGAAAUAAAUUUUUAAAAAAUGGAUACGACUUUGAUACACUCAGCCAUGGAGAAUUUUACAUCAACGAUUCUACCAGCGUCCUCAAUAUCAACAGCAUUGACCACAACAGCAGCUUCAAUAGAAGCUUCUCCUUUAUCUGGAGUCGCUUUGAUAUCACACGCUGCUCUGUCAAUGGGACCUCACGCCGCGAAGCAGUGGAUGCGAUACAGCAAUCAGACUGUCGCGGACAAAGUGCCUGAAGAAAUGCUACACUUGGUCGACCCGCACUGGUAUCAGUACCCGCCGAUGCACCACAUAUGGCACAAAGCUCUGGGAAUAGUGAUGGUUGUGAUUGGAAUUCUCGGAUGGACUGGUAAUGGCUGUGUUGUCUAUAUUUUUCUAAUCAUGCCUUCUCUUAGGACACCUAACAAUAUUCUGGUGGUCAAUCUCGCUUUUUCCGAUUUCUUGAUGAUGAUUAUCAUGUCUCCGCCUAUGGUUGUCAAUUGCUGGUUUGAAACUUGGAUACUUGGGCCACUGAUGUGUGAUGUUUAUGCAAUGUUUGGGUCAUUAUGUGGGUGUGUAUCCAUUUGGACCAUGGUGUUGAUUACUUAUGAUCGUUACAAUGUUAUUGUGAAGGGAAUGUCAGGUACACCAUUAACAAUACCCAGAGCAAUAAUCCAAAUCUCAGUUGUUUGGAUAUUAGCUCUUGCCUGGUCACUUCUUCCACUAUUCGGAUGGAACAGAUACGUCCCAGAAGGUAAUAUGACAUCCUGCGGAACAGACUAUUUAACCAAAGACUGGUUUUCAAGAUCAUACAUCUUGGUUUACUCUCUAUUCGUUUACUACACUCCACUCUUUACCAUCAUAUACUGCUACUGGUUCAUCGUAUCCGCCGUAGCAACGCAUGAAAAAGCAAUGAGAGAGCAAGCAAAAAAGAUGAACGUAGCAUCUCUACGCAGUGGAGACCAAGAUGGUCCUAGUGCAGAGGCCAAGUUAGCCAAGGUAGCACUCACCACAGUGUCACUAUGGUUCAUGGCAUGGACACCGUACCUGGUGAUAAAUUACGCCGGCGUUUUCGAAGCUUCUUUCUUAUCACCUCUGUUCACGAUCUGGGGGUCUCUUUUCUCCAAAACUAAUGCUUGCUACAACCCUCUUGUCUACGCAGUCAGUCAUCCGAAAUAUCGCGCAGCUCUUCAUGAGAGAUUACCCUGUCUAGGUAUCGGAGCUCCUCCUCCGCCGAAGAGCGAUGAUACUACAUCAACUAAAACUGAGGCUUGAAUGACUGAUAAAUUUAGGACCAGGAUUUUUGCUUUAAUUUCAAAAUUUAUAUUAUUAAGAGAAUAAGCAAAAUUUUGUAGCCAGUGUAUUUAUAUGAUAAAAUAGGUU